AUGGCUCAAGUGAAUGGCGACGUGUCGAGCUCGGCUCCCAGCUCGGCAUUUGUUCAGCACCUCCUCGACUACCCCGUCGUCCACGACGGUGUCACCAGCUUUAAGCAGAACCCCUACGGCCAGAAGUCUCUCCAGCUCAGCGACUCUGCCUACAAGACCUUUGCCCAGCCCUUCAUUCCCUACCUCGCCGGCCCUUUCGAGUUCGUGCGACCUUAUCUCCAGAAGGCCGACACCUUCGGCGACCAGGCUCUGUCCAAGGUUGACCAGCAGGUCCCCUUCGUCAAGAAGCCUACAAACGAGCUGUACGCCGGCGCCAAGGGCAUCAUCGCUCUUCCUUUCAAGACGGGCGUCGAGACCAAGGACCACGUGAUCAAGACCUACUCGGCUGAGUACAAGAAACUCGGCAAUGGCAAUGACAACGUUAUCACAUACGGCAAGGCCUUGGUCAGCACAGCCUUCAUCUCUAGCAGCGAGUUCUUGACGUGGGCCAACAACGUUCUGCACUACAAGAAGGAGGAGGCCAAGGAGGCCAUCAACGAGAAGGCAAACAACUAGGCGGCAUGUGCAUUUGGCGCCGUCUUUUCAUUUUCCCUUUCCCACCUUGUUCACUGCGAAACGGACCUGCCGAGGUCAUGAUAUCCAGGCGUUCCCUUGAUCAUUUGUUCUGCGUGCUGGCUGGUCGAGGGCGCAGGGUCUUGGAUAUCCGAAUCCGCCCGUGAAAGGUGGUGUCUUCCCCCGUUGCGUCCCGGACAGUGCACGCGGCCCUGCCCAUCGUUUCUCGGCCUCAGAGUUGCUCUUUCGCUAAAUACGACUACCCGGAGCAUCUUGCUUCACUCAGCUGUCAUCUCUGCAAUGAUGUGGAUGAAGCUGGAAUAGAUGGCGAGACAGCUGUUGGCGGCUUGCUUGGCUGUGUGACUAGGUACGGCGCUCAAAAUCAGCGACGAUGGCAGGGUCAGUUUCAUACCGCACCAAUAGAUUCCCAAUUAUUUAUCAUUUCCCAGUAUAAUUAAAUACCAGAAGAGACAAAGACUGCCUAUGCCC